CAAUCCAGCUUCCUCCAAUCUGUCUUUAACUCUGUCAAUGUCCUGAUCGGCAUCGGAAUGCUUGCACUUCCGCUCUCCUUUCGCUUAGCCGGUUGGUUCUGGGGAUCCAUCAUAUUCUUCUUUUGCUCGUUUCUCACAAACUACACUGCAAAGCUCCUUGGCCAAUGUCUAGAUGCCUACCCAGGAUCAGCUACCUAUGGAGACAUGGGUGCUGCGGCCUUUGGUGAUAAAGGAAGACGCUUCGUUGGCACUAUUUUCAUCACAGAGCUUCUUACUGCAUGUGUGGCAAUGAUUGUAUUACUAGGGGAUGGCGUUCAAUCACUGUGGCCUAAUCUGGAUCUUAUCACCACACGGAUCAUAUCCUUUACAAUCCUGACACCCAUGAUGUUCUUUCCUAUUAGAAAACUUGCUUACACAAGCUUAAUCGGCAUCAUAAGUUGUGUAGCUCUGGUAUUCAUUGUUAUUUACGAUGGUCUGGUAAAAGAAACACACCCCGGAAGUCUUCGGGACCCAAUGCCUACAGAAUUAUUCCCUUCAGAACCUUACAAUAUUCCACUUGCAUUUGGUAUAAUGAUGGCAGGAUUUGCUGGUCAUGCUGUGUUUCCAGCAAUCCACCAUGACAUGAAGAACAAAAAGGAAUAUGUUCCGAUGGUAAACCUCACAUAUAUUGUGGCUCUUUUUGUCUAUGCUACUCUUGCCAUGGCUGGCUAUGCAAUGUUUGGCUUGGAUACGAUGCAAGAGGUCACCCAAAAUCUGGCCAUUACACCAGGAUUUAAUAAGAUCCUCAAUAGAGUAGCAGUUUGGCUAGUUGUUGUGACGCCAAUUGCCAAGUAUGGCCUGAUGAUGAAUCCGGUUACCUUGACUUGGGAGCUAUGGAUGAUCAGCCAUCCAAAGGUAGAGUCUUGGUGCAAAUACCACUCCUGGCGUGAGACCUUUCUUGUGGUAUCUAGCAGGAUUUGUAUUAGUGGUCUAGUUAUCUAUACUGCCACUGUAUUUCCAGGAUUUGAUCGUGUUAUGUCACUGCUGGGAUCCCUUUUCAGCUUUAGUAUCUCUGCAAUCUUCCCGUUGGUGUGUUACAAGCGUCUUUUUGGCCACUCAAUGACAAAGACAGGCGCAGCUAUUAACAAUGUCCUGUUGGCCAUUUCCGUAAUAAUGUGUAGUUUGGGUACUCUCUGGACCUUCCUUCCGAGUUCCUGA